AUGGCCUCGGAGCUCGACGAAACUAUAAAGCGGAUUUCUUCGAAAAAGGGCGUAGAAGGUGUUAUCAUUAUUAACUCGGAUGGAAUACCCAUCAGAACAUCCCUAGAUGAGGAGCAGGCCACAAUCUACGCUGGCAUAUGUUCGCAUUUGGUCAUGAAAGGCAAGUCCCUGAUCACAGGGAUCGACCCAUCUGACGAGCUGCGUCUCCUGAGGCUUCGGUCCAAGAAGUACGAACUACUUCUGGCGCCCGAUAAGGGAUAUCUGAUGGUGGUCAUACAAAAGCCCCAGACGGAUUAG